AUGAUUUCGUAUGUGGAGUGUCUUGGCGGGGAGGUGGCGGGGCCCGGCGUGGGGGCACGCUGCUGGAACGGAGGCCCCGAUGAAGAGCGGGACGAGCUGCUCCCACGCAAGAUGGCCGCCCUGCAGCCGAAGACGGAGGGCAGCCUGCGUCGGCGCCUUCUCAGUGCCAAAAUCCACCAGCACCACGACGCCAUCUUGGGGCUGGAUGCAGGUGGCUUGCCGGGGGCGCCCUCAAGUGACAAAAAGCCCCUCCCGCCUCACAUUCCGGGGAACAGCCCGUGGUUCCGCCGCCAGCACCUCCCGUCCCACGUCCACCUCGCUCCGGACGCUCAGGGGAAACUUUUUCUCACCCCAGAGGCUUAUGGGAAAUCCAACCCACGCUACCCGGUCCUCACCCAGCGCAGCCGGACAGGUUCAUGCCCGCCAACCCCGGAGCCCCGCCCCGGCUACACGCUGCCCGCACCCGAUCCUUUCAGCACCGCGCCCCACGUCAGGGAGCCCGAGGUUCCGCCGCAGUACUGCUACCGACCCAGCAGGAGGCGCAGAACCGGAUUCUUCUGCUUCAAACGGCAAGGGAGGAGCUCCGGGUUGGACGCCACGCACACCACGCCCCUUCUGCACAGAGCAGGGGACAGAGACAGUAAAUGGUCUGUUCACUACACUACCCAGAAGUCUCAGCAGGGUCUGCUCUUCGUCCCCGCAAAGAGACGAUCCGGCAGCACGGAUGAUCUGCAAGGUCAAAGGGCGGCGGAGAGCUCAGCAUGUAACGGGCUGACUCAGCAUGGCUGUAGCCGUCCAAUCAGCUCUCAGCUCCACCCGCAGAGCUCUGCCCCCCGCCCUGGCUUCGACCAAUCAGAGGGCAGCUCAGCACGAAGAGGGUGGAAGGACAAAAGCAGGAGGAUGACGUCCAGAUUCCUGAACGUUUUCUCUCAGUCUUGCUUUUCAGUUUGUUUCAAGUUUUCCGUUUGGAGGCGAAAGUCCUCAGCUUUCUCAGACGAAGACGAGAUGUUCAUCUUGAACAACACGCGACCUCUGACCCCGCUGGUCCUCAAUCCCAUCCACCGCACCUCCUGUUGGGACGUCUUUGCCCCCGACGCCUACGAGCCGGCGGAUGACGUGGAGAUGGAGCCGACCCCCCGGCUCCCCACGCCGGAGGAGCGCAUGAGGCAGCAGGCGGGGGCCGUGGCAGCUGAUAUAGUUCCGAUCAACAUAACGGGAAAAGGUUUUGACCGUCAGGCCAGCUUUCGAAAAGUUGUCUCCAACACCGACUCGUUAUCCCAGCAACCCCGCAACCUCAGCCGCCGCAAGACCGUUACUGGGAUACCCAAUUUGGUCUCUUUGGUUCUCCCGGAUCAGUUCUCCACCGUAGGUCGACCUGCCUCCCUGAACACAGGGCAGGAGGAGGAGGAGGAGAGAGGAGUAGUCCGAGAGGGGGAGCAUUCAUCAGCAAGGAGGAUCCGAGCCCCAAGAGGAAGGGGGAUGUCCAGCCUCAUGGCCUCCCUUACCUCCUCCCCGCCGGUCCACUGCUCAUCCUCCUCGGAGGUCCAUAGCCUACCCCGUCUGGCAACCAACUCCUCUCUGAACUCCGAGGCCAGCUGUAACAGCGCCUCCUACAGGACACUCAGUGCCUCCUCGUCUUGUUGCCAGGAACUUGAAGGUUUCUCGAGCGACCUGCAGUCCCUGCUGCCCUUUGACCCCACAGCCAGAGUCAUCCCACAGUCUCCUUCCUCGUCCUCCUUUUCCUUUCCUUCCUUCCCCAUCACCUCCUCCCUCCCCGGCACCACUAACCCUGCCCUGCAUUCAGAGUGGUCUUUCCCCAGCGAUAAGCCCAUGAAUGAGGCUGCCCAACAUCGCAGUUCCCCUUCUUCCUCCCACUACCUCUCCUCUUCCUCCAUUGCAGAGUCUCAGAUUAGCUACCAGGCUCCUCCGGAUGACCAGACCCCCACCCGUCAGGACACACCAUGCUCCUACAAUGGGGAGACGUGGAACCACCAGCCCCUCUCCCAAAGCUCCAGCACCCACAGCGGCCACACCAGUUGUGACUGGAACAUCAUCACCCAGGACAUGAGAUGUGCUUCUGGGGAAGGUUGGAGCUGUGAUCCCCUGCUUUCCUCCGGCCGCUCUACACCUUCUCAUGCUGACAGCAACUCUUUGUGUUCAGAGAGUAUGACCUCCUCUCCCUUGCUAAACCGGGAGAAAAGGAAGCACAGCAUUUCCUCCUCCUACUCUUGCAUCAUCACCCGCAGCAUUUCCCUCCGCAAGUCCAAGCACCCUCCUCCACCACCAUUGCGCUCGGACUCUCUGAUGCGCCGACCGGCCCGUGCCAAACCCCCCCGUUCCUGCUCCAGUCCCUGUCCAGAGCUGAGCCCCCACCGGACGCCCACAGCCUCUCCCCAGACCUUCCAUGACCCCUGGGUGCCCCGGAGUAACACCAAAAGACGCCAGAGUGGGUUUAACUGCGGGACAGUCACAACCUUUGAACCUUUAAGCUCGGACUGCCAGGUGGAAACCUUUACUGACUAUGCUUCUGAGGAGGUACCGCCAAGCCCUGACCACUCCCAUGCACUCGUCUACGCUCCUGGGUCUCCAGGCUCAGAAGAGGAUGGACUAAGAUUUACUCUGAACACCCAACCAGCUUCCUCUUCCGUGGCGGGGCUUCAGCGCCUCGCUUCACCCUCCAGCGGCUACUCCAGCCAGUCUAACACCCCCACUCCUGGCACUCCUGUGUCUUCCCCUCUCUCCCCUUCUUCCCCUCUCACAGCAAGCCCUGGAGCCUUCUCCCUCCCCCCAUCUUCCCCCUUCUUCUCUUUACACUCCUUCCCCCUGUCCCCUGUCGUCUCCUCCAUGCCCAGGACGACGUCCAGGGUUGAAGGGAGACCAAAGCCACCAGUGCCAGAGAGGAAGUCGUCACUCUCCUCCUCAUUUUCAUCCACCUCCUCCCUCUCCUCUUGCACCUCCUCGGACUCUUCUGCCAAAUAUCCUCUUCUCGCUGCUCCACCUCCUCCUCCUCCUCCUCCUCUACCAGAGUGUUUCUCUCUGCCUCCCAUCUUCUACUCCCCCACUCGUGUGUCUCCUACCCUUCCUGCUACUUCCUUCAACAAACUUUCUGCUGCUCCUCCUCCGCCACCUUCAUCUCUUCCUCCACCUCCUCCUCUCCCACCUUCAUCCUUCCCCCCUCUUCCUCCUCCUCUUCCUCCUUCCACUCUGCCUCCUCCUUUUCCUCCUUACUCUCAGCCUCCUCCUCCUCUUCCUCCUUCUUCUCAGCCUCCUCCUCCCCCUUAUUCGUACGUCGUCAGGCAAACCUCCAAUUUCCCUCCUCCCCCAACUUCCCCCCCUUUUCCUCCCCCUUCAGAACUCUCAGAAUUGCCAAUCGCUGACCUUCCUCUUCCACCCCCACCUCCUCCUCUUCCUAGUCUCCCCACAUACCCUGCCUUCCCACUCCCCCCACGAGGUCUUGGCAAGUCUCCAAACUGCCCCCUGGUCACUACACAAGCUUUGCAGGGCAUCAAGCUUCGGCCCGUCAAGAACCAGGAAGGCCUGCUUACUAGCAGCAUGCUAGCUGAUGCUGCAUCUGCUAACCAUGCUACCACUAUCAAUGAUCCACCAAGAAAAGAAGCUCAUCCAGACAGUGCUGUGUUGGCUAAUGCUGAUCUUCAUAGCCAGUUUAACACUGACGUUAACCUUGUUGGAACUGAGUCACAAAAUGCUGUCUUUGAUCUAGAUAGCAUUGAAACUAGUGCUUCAAUGGGUAAUGCUAACCUUCACUGCCCAGCCAAUGCUUAUGCAAAGCAACCUGGAUGCAAUUCUGAUCAUGAAAACUACAAACUAACAAAAAGUGGAGUGAGAACACCCAACGAUGAGUCUUCGUUUGCUAAUCUUCAGAGUCUACAAAGCGGUGUUACUAACCAGAGAAACUCCGGGUCUAAGCUGACGAAUGGGGAAACACUUGAAGAUAUCCAGUACAAUGAACGAGAGAAUGAACAUUCAGACUUGUACGCUACACUGGCAAACAAUCAAGUAUUCACUCCAGAUAGUCCCUGGGUCAAAAACCACAUCAACACUAUUAUCCAAAAUCCUUCUUUGCAACAACAGCUCACAGAUGCAAUGUUAGCAGACGCUAAGCUAACUGCAAAGAAACAGGGAAACACAGAUUCUUCAUACUGGACCCUCUCUGGACCAAAACAAGAGUAUCACAGAGAAAGCACAAUACUGUUGGAAAGCAAAGAUGAAGUAGAGACAAAUAAUGGGAAUAAUUCUGAAAUGUGUAACGGAGCAGCUGAUGGAGCUUCAACAUCAAAUAGGGAUUUAAAACCCAGUGAUACAGUCUCUAAGGCAGUAAGCCCGAGGAAACUCCACUCCCCGGAGAAGCCAACCCUGCCAAAGAAGCCUGAUCUCCGCAUUCUGGGUCUCAUGGCGUCCCCCAAAGCAAGACGAGGACAAGGUGGGUGGAACAGCAAUGAGCAAAUCACAGCGCCUCCUCCUGGGCAAUCGCAGCUUCCCCUUGAUUCCUUCUGCACACCUUUGCACACUCUUCCGAACCACAGUACACCUUCACCAAAGCACUUGACAUUUACCACUGUUGACAAAACAACGAUCCCUGACAAAUCUAGGACACAAACAGCUUCAAGCUCCCCUCAAAGGCAGAAGCCACCGAUUUUGCACAAGAAGCCAGAUCUCUCACCCAAAAAAACAAAUCCAGGGGAGGCAUCCAAAGGCCCCUUUGGAAACUGUGGCUCCCUGGAGAUCGUUGGUAUUUCACCAACCAUGGGCGCCUCAGGGGUCAUGGAUACCACAAGGGCUAGAAACACUUUAAACAGCACCAUGGGUUCUUUGAAGAACUGUGGUAUCUCAGGAACAUCGGCAACCUCUGAGACCAGUAGCUACCAAGAGACCAUGGGCAUCUAUGAGAAUUGUGGUACCUCAGGGCUCAUGGGUAUCUCAGAGACUGGGAGUAUCAAAGGGGCUCCAAAUACUAUUGCUGCGACCCUGAAUAUGGCAUGUGGUACCUUAGGAACAUGGGGAACCUCGGAGACCUCUAGACCUCUUGGUACCAUGAGCACUUUGGAGAACCAUGGUACCUCAGGGAUUGUGGAUACCGCAAGUCCUAGAAACACUUUAAACAGCACCAUGGGUACCUUGGAGAACUGUGGUACCUCAGCAACAGGGGGCACCAUGGAGACCUGUAACACUCUAGGGACCAUUAGUAUAAAUGAACACUGUGGCCCCUCGGGGAUCAUGGGUAUUGCAGAGACCCGAAACACUAUUGAUGCGAACUUGAGUACCUCCAGAACAUGGGGAACCUCGGAGACCUGUAGCACCUUUGGGAACUCCUCCCAAACUAGGGCAACAGACCCGUGGAUCAUCAACACAAGACUUCAUAAGGAUGAUGAAAAAACAUCUCAUAAGAGCAUGAUGAGGUCAUCGAUGGCUGAAGAGGAAGAGGAAGACGAGAAGGAGAGGGUGGAAGAGAGAGGGAUGAAGACAUCGAUGUUAAUGAUGCCGUCAACCAUGAGGAAAAAAGACAAAGCAAGGAAGCGGAGGAAAAGGAGGGCAGGCAGACAUCUACUGAUGAUGUCUUCAACAAGGGAGCCCUCUUCAUCGUCAUCGUCGUCGUCUUCAUCUUCGUCCUCAUCCUCAUCUGGAGAUGAGCAAGAUGUGGCGAGAGAAAGAACGAUGCAAACGAGUCACAGAGUGAGGAUGACGACAGCAUGUGAUGGAGAUACCAGUGACUCUGAGAGCGCUCUGAGGGAUCCGAGCAGGUGCUCUCUGAGCGAGGCGCUGUCCACCGACAGCCUGCGGGGGGGGCCGUCGCCUCCAGACCUUCUGAUACAGGAGGAAGAGGCAGAGAGUAACGAGGAGGGGGCCGACAGGAGGGCCCGAACACACACAGAUGGCGAUCUGUUCGUCAGUGUUUCUGCAGAUCAGAUGUUUGUCUCCAGUCGACCACGAACCACCGAGGAUCUGUUCACUGUGAUCCACAGGUCGAAGAGGAAGAUGCUGGGAAGAAGGGAUUCAGCAGACGACAGACAUCGAGCCUCCUCUUCCUCCUCUCCUGUCUCCCCCUCCGCCCCGCCACCUCGUCCAGCGUGCCCUGCGUCCCUCAGGAGAUCGGCGAGGAGCGAGAGCUUCAAGGCGCUCCUGCUGAGGAAAGGGAGUCGCUGCGAAUCGUCUUCUCGAGUCUCGGCCGUCGAGCGGCUUUGUGUGCUCUUGACUCCCGCCACUUCUAGCGACCUCCAGAGUCGCCCGCCGCCUCAAGACAAACCCGCGUCCCAGACGUUGGAUCCACGCGAUAUUACCGGCACCCUGACUCUGGACGUGCCAGCGUCUCCGUGCACUCACGACUUCUCCCUGAUCGGGUUUGGAUGGGGGCGACGGGACCUCGUGCUCGCUUCCUCCUCCUCCUCCCACUUCCUCUUCCUCUCCUCCUCCGUGCGGCCUCGCUCCCUCACUCCGCCCUGCUCCUCCAGCCGGCGCUUCUCUGCUCGCUGCCGCUUCUACGCCGCCCCCAUGACCGCCAUCUUUGAAGGAGGGAGCGAGGAGGAGGAGUAGGAACCGAAGGAGCUCGGUCCUGAUUUCUUGAUGGACGUUGAUGGAACUUGGAUUUGGCGGGAAAGUCUGUGACGUGAAGCGUUUGAUUGUAUAAACGGAAAAGUUUCCCUCGUAGCUGAUGUGGCAGAAAACUACAGAAGCCUGGAAAGGACAUUGGUGCAAUACAUCGACGACGAGCCGUAUUAGGGCCAUUGGGGGGGGG